AGAGACGCUGGGAGAGGACUCGAACACUCACACACACUCACUCUCACACACACACACACACACACACACACACACACUCACACACACACACACACACGCACACACUCAACACACACUUGGAGGAAAGAGACGCACCAGAAGACGCACGAAGGUCAGCGCCUUCUUUUUCUUUUUUUUUACUGAUAUUCUGCGCUUUUUUUCUCCUCUGUCUCUCUCAACGGCAGGAGAAAGAAAAAGUUUCCAGAAAGAGAGGAAGAGGAGAGGAGUGUCGUUCCGUUUGAGCACGCAUAGACAAGCACGCGCUCUUUGGAUUCUUCUUUUGGACCUGGAAAUAAUUUUUCUUUUUAGAUUUUUUAAUUUUACGCGCCUUGCUGUCCAGGGGGAUCCUUUCUGUGCGUGCUUUCCUUUUGUUUGUACACAUUCAUACCCCUAGGCUCUGUUGAUAAACAGUGAAGAAGAAGAGGAAGAAGAAGAAGAAGAAGAAGAAGGAGAAGAAAGAGAAGAAGAAGAACCGGACCAGGGCGGACCAAAAGGGGCCAAAAACUCCCCAGGUAUGGCGGCGGUGUUGCCGAGAACCCUGGGUGAGCUGCAGCUCUACCGGAUCCUGCAGCGGGCCAACCUGCUCUACUACUACGAGGCUUUCAUCCAGCAGGGCGGCGACGACGUGCAGCAGCUGUGCGAGGCCGGCGAGGAGGAGUUCCUGGAGAUCAUGGCCCUCGUCGGCAUGGCCAGCAAGCCGCUGCACGUGCGGCGCCUGCAGAAGGCGCUGCGGGACUGGGUCACCAACCCGGCCAUCUUCAACCAGCCGCUGACGUCGCUGCCAGUCUGCAGCAUCCCCGUCUACAAGCUGCCCGAGGGCUCGCCCACGCUGCUCAACGCACAGGACCGAGCCAACACCGCCAGCGUCAAGAUGCCCAAAGCCGUCGCCGCCGCCUGCUCCGACCCAGGGAAGCUGGAAGUGGCGCGGGACAAAGUGUCAGCCGGGUCACCCCUGCAGGGCAGCAGCGAGGCUCGGUUCUGGUCGGGCCACAGCAACGACAGCGAGCACAGCCUGUCGCCGUCAGACCUCGGCUCCCCGUCCUCGCCGAGAGACGCGUUAGAGGCUCUGGACGCCGCCGCCGUCCAGUCAGUCCUGGAGUGUGUGGACAGGAUGGCCCCGGGACUUCCUAAGACAGACUUAGCCGAGGUCAAGGAGCAGCUGAAGAACAACAAGAAGAUGGCGAAGAUGAUCGGACACAUCUUUGAAAUGAGCGACGAUGAGCCACGGAGGGAAGAGGAGAUUCGUAAAUACAGCGCCAUCUACGGACGCUUCGACUCCAAGAGGAGGGACGGCAAACACCUGACGCUGCAUGAGCUGACGGUGAACGAGGCGGCGGCCCACCUCUGUAUGAGGGACAUGGCUCUGCUGACGCGUCGGGACGAGCUCUUCGGACUCGCCCGCCAAAUUUCCAGAGAGGUCACCUACAAAUACACCUACCGCACCAGCAAGUCUCGCUGUGGAGAGAGAGACGAGCCGUCCCCUAAAAGGAUCAAAACAGAGGAGAACUUCUUCGACAUCCAGGAGGCGCUGCAGGCCAUCCACAUGAGGCAGGAGAUGCUGCGGGAGCAGCUGGCCUGCGCCAAGUCGAAAGGAGAAGAAACCGUCGGGCGAAAUCUGCAGAUACAGCUGGAGCGUCUGCUGGCGAGGCAGAUGGAGAUCCUGCAGGACGCCGCCGUGCAGGAGCGACUCCAGGCUCUGGACUGGAGGAUCCCCCCCGCCGCCUUAAAGUACCUCAACGACUCCCAAAACACCAACGGAGCCGCUGCCGACGCCAGCAGAGACAACCAAGAUGAACGACCGAUCAACCUGCGCGUGGUUAGUCAGAACAUGCAGGAAGGCGACCUCCCGUUGGGAAAGCAGCUAGCCAAUGAAUUGAAGCGCCACCACAACCACAACCACAACAACAACAACACAGACGAGACCAAAACACCAGCAACGGAAAACGGGACGUCGCUGCGAGCGUCCAACAACGCCGAGAAGAAGACCAUCAAGUCAGAGCCGGAAGACUCCACAUAGUGCCUCCUGCCUCGCCCUACCACCUCGCCCAAUUCAUUCUACUCACACUUGACAGUAUGCAGUUAUUACCCAUCAAUAGAUACUAAGCAAGCACAGCCACAGUAGAGCCUUAACAACCAAUGUUGCCUCAUGAAUAGCAUUUAUUUUUCUUUGAUUUCGUGUUUUUGUUUUGUUUUUGUUUAAAAGGUAUUUGCCAAAGCACCUAGAGAGCGUGUCGAGAAGCCCCUCAGUGCGCUACAGGUCUUUGUGUGUUAUUGUACACGUUCGAUGUGAUCUGUCUGUAUACUCUUUACCUCUGCCUGGGUGUUAUAUAUAUGUGUUGCUUUCUUUGGACAGCCAGGUUGCAGGCUGUGACGCCGGGCUGAGUCUUAACUCAAACGUAGAUUCAGAGAUGAGGUAAAAGCAGAGAUGUUGGCUCCUGGUAACACUUCAUAUGACUACCAUGUAGCCGAUGCUUUAAGGCCUUCUUCAAACCCAAGCUGCAGAUGUUGCCUUUAUUCAAUCUAAACGUUUUAAUUCCAAAUCCUAGAGCCUUUGGUUAGCCUUUUCUCAAUGAAUUGGUACAAAACUUGGUUCCAACAUUCAUAGUUUCCAUGUGAUGUAACUUCAUUACUUUGGUACGGACACUUGUGUCAUUCAUAACAUGAAUUGUACAAAUAUAUCAAAAGAGGUAAAACGUAUUUGUCCAAUACUUUGUUUUAUGCCCAAAUACCUGCAAAACCAAUGAUAUUCCCAUUAGCCUCGGUGAUGCUAAUAAAUAAUGCUAACAUGCUAAAUGACUUGCUAAACAUUAGCAUUUAGUUUGAAAGAAAAUACUACCCUAAUACAUUAUUAAGGCAUUCAUAAUACGUAUUUAACUGCAACACAUGACAUGAAACUUGAAGAUCUUACCAGCAGUAGCCAAAGAUUUUGCAGCAUCUGGCUGGUGGCUUAUUGUCAUUUCCCCGGGUCACGCCGUGACCUCUGAGCCUCCGUCACUCUCCUAAAUCUACCUUUGAUGCAUUUGUGCUGUAACUCCAAGUAAGGUACUGUUGAGAGAUUGAGUUAGGAUUCAGCCCCUUUAGCAGGUUAGUCUUUUUGUCGUUCACUUCAACUGGGAACACGGGACAGGUGGGAUUUAAUCCUUUCUUCUGUGUAUAUUUAUGGAAGGUAAUUUAAGAAGAAGAUGUAUAGGAGCUGUUGUGGAGCAGCAGGGGACCUCUGUCUUUCGUCUUGGUAGGAUGGCUGGGCUGGCAUGCCAGAGGCCGAGCUAAUUGGUUCAUUUCACUUUGUAAUUUAGCAAAACACUGCUAUUGAAGCGAAACCACGCAUCUGCAAACUGGGAGUUUUUUUUAGAAAUGAUCCAACAUGCUUUCAGAAAGCCUCACGGGUCGCAAAAUCCACUCAAUGUGUAAAGCUUCAACUUCAGACAGAAAUAUUAAAGAUUGCAGGUUUGUGGUUUUUCAACAACGGCAGCAAAAAGCAAAAAAUCCUGUUUACUGCUGUUCUUCGCGUAGCAGCAGCCCUGGGUCUGUAAAUAGUACCGUGAUAACAAAUAGUGCUGGCCUAAUCUCUCCUCCAGGGUUUGUCAAGUGUAACUUUGCUGUAGAUUGUUGGUGUCAAUACAGUGUUUAUGUAUGUAGAGCAAAAACAAGAAAAAGAAACUUAAGUGUCAGGAAAAAAUACAACAGUGUGAAAGUGUCUGGUAUUUAAAAAAACAUGCUUCACAUGAUAAUGUUGAUUAGCCUUAGCUCUUAACAGUGUUUAAUCCACCUGUGAUGGCCAUCAGUGCAUAUUUCAAAGAUGUGUUUUGCUGUUUAGAGAUAGAUUCAUAACAAAUAAGUGUUCACUGUGUUUUUAUGUGUUCGCCACGCUGUGUAAAUGCGUCUGUUUGGUCCAAAAAGAUAAUGUCAAGAUAACUCUUCCCCUACUCCCUGCAGAUAGUUUAGUGUCACUCAGAGUAAUGGCAGACCAAUGCAAUAUUCAUGUAAGUAAUAAGUUGCAUACUAUAUGGAUCCAUCAUUCUGUGAUGUGCUCAGUAACUAUGUCUGUCAUGAACUACAGAGUGGGAAUUCACCUACAACUCGAAAUGUUUGUGUUGUCUCACUGUUAGUGCGCAGGGCACUGUACUUAUAUUUAAAGACGUUGUGCUCUUUUCAUGAAGGUUGUUUAGUUUCAAGCAGCCACUAUGGCGAGGAACUAGCGAGGAUCCGGAGUCGCUGAUCUAGUUUGCUAAAGCGAAACUAGAUGGUGGAUUCUGGAAGAUAAAGCCAUCGUGGUUGGGGGAGAAGACGUGUUUUUCUCCAGCCUGAUUGGCUCCAACACUGGGCUCGUUAGCGUGAAUGUUCCAGAGAAUAGUCUGACCUGCCGUCUCACUGAUCACCGUCCUCCUCACUGUUUAUUGUAAAGUGAUAGAUUAGGCUUCACCUAGUUAUGCACCUGUUUUUUAAACACUAAUAUAUUUUAUUUGUUAUACAGCACAUAAACAUUAAACUUUAUUUUUUUGAACUCUA